CAAUAUGCACUACUUCUCUGCAAGCCUUGUGCUGGCUGCGCUCGCGGCCGAACUGAGCAAUGCCCAAUGUAUCAACAAUGUCGCCGCCUACAAUCCCAACAUUCGCACCAUGACUGCGAACCAGACGUGGUUUGUCGUCCCAGCACCAAAUGCAGCGGUUCAGAAGGCAGUCGAUGAGUCCAAUCCGACGGCCGGGUUGAAAUUACUUCCUGUGCCUAAUGAUCAGUCUCUGUUCCCUCAAGGCUUUCCCGCUGGCAUGCAUCCAGUCCUCGUAAGCAAUGGGCGAAAUGACGAUAUUCGGAUGUCCGCUCUCCAGAUCGAUGGUGCACUCAUGACUGCCGACAUUUACGUGCCUUAUGUCUCAAAAGGUGGCAGCCAGACACCACUCUCCGCUGCCCUACCAAAUUACAUUGCGGGGGAAAACGGCCCUCUUCCCAACGGCCUUGUACCUGCUGUUGCGUCGAAUCUGCUCUUCGCAGGCAACCCCUUGAGGCUUGGACAAUUCAUUCCAGAAAGCUCGCCAUACCAGUCCGACGCAGGAGGAACAUUGUCCGCAGCCGCCUCAUGGGCAAUUGUGCCUAACCCGGUGUCCGGUCCUGGAGUUUACCCCGAAGCCGCCGACUUCCUUUUCAAGACCACUUCGAGUCCAAAGUAUACAGCAAAGGGUUUCAAGACGAUGAUCAACUUGCCAAUCGUCCUUCCCAGUGGACUGUGCCAAAGGAACACUUAUUAUUUCAACAACGCUACUGCUUUGCCAGUGUUUAGGAAUGGACAGGUUACCUUGGGUCCUGGAGCUUCUGGAACGAGUCCCACAUCAGGCGUAUUGCAGCAGGCAAGCCCUGAUGGAAGUGGUGUGUAUGAAAAUGUCGAUGGAUAUGGAGCUUGUGCUCAGAAUGUUGGCAAUAAUCCGCAAGACUGCGAGACUGCUGCCAAGACUGUUGAUCCGGCAUCUUUGCAAUAAGCCUCUGAAUGGUGGCGUACAGAGAGACGCCCCAACAACACGUUCGAUGUGGCAUGUGUGCAUGCAGAUAUAUAGUAUCGUGAUGAACUUGCACGAGAGCCGUUUUAUCUUG